AUAGAUAAUUUUGUAGACGAGGUUGUUAGUAUCGUGUAUGAUAUAUACGUACAACAACGGUAUACGCUAUACAGCGCUGAGCUCCCACAAGUUUCCAAUCAUCAUGGCCAACAAUCCACCAGCGGAGAAUGACCUCGCCAAGAAAAAGAAUUUCCGUAAAAAUAAUGACGACCCUUUGGUUCUUCCGAAGAGUGCAGCAGAUAAACAGCGUAUGCAGAUCGAAAAGCUGAUGAGAAAUCCAGAGAAACCAGUGUUCAUCCCAGAUGCAAAGAAGGAAUGGACACCGAGAGCUCCUGCUGAGUUUGUCAGAGAUGUCAUGGGAUCUAGUGCUGGAGCUGGGAGUGGAGAGUUUCAUGUUUAUCGUGGAUACCGUCGUCGUGAGAAUGCCAGACAAGCUUUCAUCCAGAACAAGGCAGAAAAGGAUGAACAGGAUCGUGAAUACCAUAAGAAGUUAGAAGAAAAUCAGAAACUAGCCAAUCAGAAGACUGCCAAGAAACGUGCCAAAAGCUUCUGCAGUAAGAAGACACCAUACACCAUGUACCGUGUGCAUAGACGUCAGGCUUUAAGCAUAGAAACAAAGAUGGAAAUUCUUGGUGCUGUUGAGCGUGGUGAAAGAAAAACUGACGUUGCCAGAGAGUACAACCUUCCUUCCAGCACAUUGUCAUCAAUCUUGAAGAACAAAGAGAAGAUCAAAGAACACUUUGAUUCUGCAAAGAUCGGACCGUCAAGGAAAAGAAUUCGCUUAACGGACCUUGAGGACUUGGAAGAAGCUGUGGUUAGAUGGGUAAAUGAUAGGAGAUCCAAGAACUUCAAAUGCACUGGUCCCCUCAUUCGAAAGAAGGCUCUCCUCCUUGCCAUAAAGCAGGGCCGCCAUGACUUUGUAGCCAGUACCGGGUGGUUAACCCGGUUUAAAGAAAGGAAUUCAAUCAAAUUAUUGCCCCAGAAUGAAGUAUGGAUGGAUGAUGCUUUGCCAGAUAAACUUGGAAAAUACAAGCCUAGAGAUAUCUUUAGUGCAGAUGAAACAAGUAUUUUUCAUCCCACGGUACAGGCUAGAAAAAUGAUGUCCAAAGGCAAACAAUAUCAUGGAGCAAAGCAAGACAUGGAUCAAUUAUCUGUUGUGGUCUGUGCCAAUAUGGAUGGUAGUGAAAAGCCAAAGCCUUUAGUGAUUCAGAACCCAAGGAACCCUUCCUCGUUUAAUUCUUCACCAGAACAACAGGUGAACAAAAAGGUGUGGACCGAGACAGAUGUGUUUGUUUCAUGGGUGAAAAAGCUUGACAAUACAUUUUCUGCUUGCGGCCGCAAAAUACUCCUGUUCAUAAAUGAUUGUUCUACCCGUCCCCAUAUCCCAAAUCUUCAGUCUAUCGAGUUUGAAUUCAUCCAAUCCAAGAAGACUCUUAAUCCUAAUCCGAUGGGCCAGGGGGUAAUAACAAACUUCAAAAAACACUAUGACCGAAGACUGGUCAGUUACCUUGAUACCCUUCAGUGUGGAGAGACAUCAGCAUCAUUCUCUGUGAAAGAUGCUACUGAUAUGAUAUAUUGGGCCUGGCAGCAAGUUACUUCAGAUUGUAUCAUCCAAAGUUUUGAGAAGGCACAUUUCUUGGUUGGUGCCAUCGACCCUAGCCUGAUCGACUCUGAUGUUGACAAAGAAGUUGAUCUUGAAGGGGUCCCUGGCCCUUCUUGUCAUUCAGGCAAUAUCCAUGAUAGGAUGAAAAUGGAAUGUGAAAUGUCUAACAUAUCUCCAAACAAAGAUGACAAAACAUUGAACGAAGAGAAGGACCAGACGUGUCUCGAGAAGGUUAUGCAGUCUUCAAUAAUAUUUAGUGAGUUCACCCCAGCAAAUGAAUAUCUGAUGUGUACUGCUGCUUCAUCUGGUGAAGACCUUGUGAAAAUUGUUUCUGAUAGUUCUGACAAUGACGAGGCAUCAGAUGUCACAGUUCUCUCACCCCCACCUUCAUUCUCUGAGGUCAUAAACUGCUUGCAACGUGUGAGAGACUUUCUUUAUAGCAAACAAGAGUCAAGUGACAAACAUUAUGAUGCUGUUACAUGCUUGGAAAAACACAUCUUGAAAUACAGAGACAGUACCCCUGUCCAGAAUAAGGUUAAAGCAAAAACAGAAAAUGCAGGCAAAGAAGAAAAAGAAAGAAAAGGAAGAAAAAGCCAAAAGAAGAGCUGAAGAGGGCGAGGAGGGGAGUGAAGACGAAAGCGAUGAAAGUGACAGCGAAAGUGACAAGGAAGGAAAGGAUGAUGAUGCAGAGGAUAAUUGCUUUGUGAUAGGAGGAAAAUGAGAGGAAAGAAUCCUGUUGCUGUAUGCUCAUAGAUGAUAUAUUAUAGACUGAUAUAUGAAUGAUCCACUGCAUUGAGAUACUACCAACAUUCGUAAGUUUGCUUUGAAUACUGUGUUACAGAGAUCAAAACUUGAUGAGUGACUGCAAAGGCUUAUAAGGUGAUGCUAUUGAAUGAGCAGUUGAACAUACUGAUGAAGGAAAGAUUGACCAUAUUGAGAUGCAACCAUUGAUCUGAUGCCUGUGCUGAUACAGGUCUAUUGUUGGUGUAGGGAGGUCCAAAGUUGAUAAAGACUUAUGUAUGGACUGAGCAGUUGAACACCCUCUGUAUAAUGGAAGAUAGAUUGAUGACCAAAAGAUCCACCAUAUUGAAAUACAACAAGUUGAUGUUCGACUGUAUCUGUACUGCUACCAAAGGGCAGUAAAACAUGACAAAGGGCUGCAGUUCAGGUGUUGUAUGGUGCUAUGAACCGAGCACUUGAAAGUGAAAUUUGACUAGCGAUGUCUAGUAUGCUUAAGUGUAUAGAUGAAAGUGAAAGGCUAGAUUGGAUCUGAAUUCUGUGUUGCUGGACCGAAAAUCUCAAGGAAAUUCUGCAAACUACAUUGAUAAUUUUCCUUUGUUUGAGGAUGUAUUAUGUUUCGAAAAAAUAAUACUGCAUUCUGCAAAAUUAUCUCAUAAUCAGGUGUGCAGUAUAUUCCAUGAUUAAAGGGAUCACCAUAAGAUCGUAUAUGCUCAUUAUUUUUAUGGGGAAUGCAGUCAAUGCACACUCGGUUACAAAUGAUAAACAUUCCUUGUGUAACGAUAAUAUACAUGGAAAGAUUUAUAUUUUCACUUGAAGUGUAUAAUUUUUUGAGGGCAUUAUUUUUUAACAUCUGUGGCUUAUUUUACAAAUAAGAACCAAUGUGUUAAUUUUAAAAUACUGGUAUUAUGAAAUAUAGAAAGACAUGUUAUGCAGCAGAGAUCAUGAUUCCACUUAAGCAUCGCUAUCGGAGGUGUGGUCAGGGGCUGUGUACAAAUAAUCCUUGCAUGUUAAUCUAACAGAUUGACGGUAGUACUUGCGGUAAGUCUCAGGUGAACUAUUUCCACAAGGGGUUAACGAUGUAAUGCUUCAGCAGAUAUGCAGUAGCUUGUUUGGUUUUGUAAUAAUAUAUGAAGGAGUGUCUUACAGAACUAUGUAGUUGCCUACCUGAAAAGUAUACUGCAAUGUCAGUGGUAGAUGGUUGUAAGUAUGAAGUAUUUCAUGCUGAGAGCCAAGAGG